AUGCCCUCCGCCGACCUCAUCCUCCCCCUCAUCGACCUCGCCCCUUACCUCUCCCCAGACGCCACCCCGUCAUCCAAAGCAACAGUCAUUGCCCAAGUCCGCGCUGCCGUCGCCGAGUUUGGCUUCUUCCAAGUCAUCAACCAUGGAAUCCCCAUCGCCUCCCAACACGCCCUGAUUGAGGCGAUCCGCACUCUUAUGAGAAUCCCCAAGGAAGACAAACUGGCCAUGAGCUUCCUCAAAAAUCCCUGCCGUCGGGGAUGCACGACGCCAAAGAAGUCAGUCCACCCUUUCCAACUCCCUCCUUCUUCCACACGCUUUGUUGACACGGAAAAAAAAAAGGCAUUCUACAUUGGCCGUCCCUCCGAAAAGAUUGAGCCUCCUGGGUUCCACGGCCCAAACAUUUGGCCUUCGCCUGAGCUGGUCCCCGAGGCCGAGUUCCGCGACCCGGUCUGGUCGUACUAUCAGGAGACGAACCGUCUGGGCAGGGAGAUCUGGCAGCUUCUCAUCCAGGGACUUGGUCACCCGGGGGAGCUGCUCUCCCAGUUCACCAAGAAGCCUGUCGUGAUGAUGAAGAUGAUUCGGUAUCCUCCCUUUUCGUCUACCUUGCCGGGCCAGUUCGGUGUAGGUGCCCACACCGAUUUUGGGGGCGUCACAGUUCUCCUGCAAGAGGCUGGACGAAAUGGGCUGGAGGUCGAGCACAAGGGGGAGUGGAUUCCUGUGCCUGCGCUGGAGAAUGUUUUGGUGAUCAACGCUGGUGAUAUGAUUGCUGGCUGGUCCGGGGGCGUGUACCAGAGUGCGAAGCACAGGGUUAUCAACAAGGGUGAGGAAGAGAGGAUCAGCUGUGCGACGUUCUGGCACGGGGACUUGGAUGCCACGAACCCGUUUAUUGAUGGCAAGGGAGAGGGCGCGGCCGGGGAUGAGACGGUGGCUGAUUUGCUGGUCAAGAGGUUUAGGAGCCAGUUUAGCUUGAUGAAGGGGAAGAAGACCGAAGAGGUGGUGAGGGGAGAAGUGUUUGCUCAUUGA